CAAAACUAAAAUUUCGAAACCCUCUCACUUUUCACUUUCGUUUCUUCCUUUGUAGCGAGUGAGUUAGAACUUAGAAGUUAGAACUGAGAAAUCAAGACGGUAAUCGGCGAUUUCGAAGCAGUUCCGUGUAAUGGCGAGCCCCGUCGCAGUCGGCGGCGCUCUGACGGCGUACGAUCGCCGGAUUCUCACGGCGGUGAACGCCGGAGCGUCGAGCCUGUCUCUUGCCGGUUCCAGCUUCAUUGUAUUGUGCUACCUCCUCUUCAAGGAGCUCCGCAAGUUCUCCUUCAAGCUCGUUUUCUACCUCGCACUCUCUGAUAUGCUUUGCAGUUUCUUCAACAUAAUAGGGGACCCGUCCAAAGGUUUCUUUUGUUAUGCUCAGGGAUAUAGCACGCAUUUUUUUUGUGUGGCAUCUUUUCUAUGGACUACAACAAUUGCUUUUACCCUGCACCGUACUGUUGUAAAGCACAAAACAGAUGUUGAAGAUUUGGAGGCCAUGUUUCACUUGUAUGUCUGGGGUACUUCCCUGGUUAUGACAGUUAUGCGCUCCUUUGGUAAUGACCAUAGACAUUUUGGUGCAUGGUGUUGGACUCAAACAGGUCGCGCAGGGAAGGCAGUUCAUUUUGUAACAUUUUACAUGCCACUCUGGGGUGCAAUUCUGUAUAAUGGCUUUACAUACUUUCAAGUAAUACGCAUGCUGAAUAAUGCAACCCGUAUGGCAGUUGGUAUGACGGGCCAAGCUUUUGUGUCAGAUACAAGAGAUAACAUGAGGGCUCUGAAUCGCUGGGGAUACUAUCCACUAAUUCUGAUAGGAUCUUGGGCUUUUGGCACUAUUAACCGUAUUCGUGAUUUUUUUGAACCCAAUCAUAAGAUCUUUUGGCUCACCUUUCUUGAUGUAGGAACGGCUGCUCUUAUGGGCCUCUUUAACUCAAUUGCUUAUGGUCUCAAUUCAUCUGUUCGUCGGGCAAUCUGUGAAAGACUGGACAAGUUCUGGCCUGAGAGAUUAAACAGAUGGCUCCCUAACAAUUUGAAGUACAAGAACCUACAGCAAGAAAGUGAACUAGUUUUGUUCAAAACCGAAGAUCAAUAACAGCGAAUGGACAUAUUGUGAACCUCCCAUGUCAUGUGACAUUUCCUAUUUUAGUUUACUGAGAUGCUGUUUUCAUAGAGAACAGAGGAUCUGUCGGCAGCAAAAUUUUCAGGCUGGUGAAUCAGGGCAUUCACUCACUGAAUUAUAUACCGCUGGUGACCCUUCUCAAGCAGAUCAGAGGAUGGACCAGUUCAAGUGGAAUCUGCUUCAGCUAAUUGAAGACUGCUUGUGACCGCAGAGAGUGCUUUUUAUCUUUUUUUGCAAAAAGGCUCAACGUCUCUCCGUGAUUCAUCUUUUACAAGUCUAAACAUAGAGCUUUCAUGUUACCCUUUGUAUCCAAUGCUAACUUGUGUGCAAUUUUUAUGUAUUCUUAAGUUUCUUAGCUUUAACAGUUAAACAACUUUACGAAAUUUGCUGUGUAUGAGAUUAUUUCCCAGCAAUGAAUGUACUUCAGUUUGAAA